CUGCGCUGCGCCACACGCUCCCAGCAGACCUUUCCCCAUUCACUCCACUGCAUAUGCAACCACUGCGGCAUUCUGCUGCCUGAUCACGCCCUGCAUAUAAAUGGAUCCGGACGUGCAUCUCACGCCGAUCAAGAUCAGAGGGAAGAGACGCAAAACCACUCAGCAACCGAUUCUAGCCAAAGUAACAUUCAGCACCACAUCCACGGCACCAAUAGCAAGCGCACGACAAACAAGACACAAAAAAUUGAAGAAAUACACUCACAAAUACUCCGCCGCAGCCACGCCCGCACUCCUCGGCCUCCCGCAGGAACUCCUCGAGCUCAUCUUCCUGCACAGCAUGAACACCUCCCUCCCACUCGCCUCACCUCUGCUUGGCCGGAAACUCAGCUCCACAGCCGUGACGCUGGAAUACACGAUGCGCACAUUCUUCCACACCGUAGACCACACGACCAACUAUCGUGAUCGCAAGAAGUAUAGCGAUCCGACUAAGCAAAGCGAGUUGCUAGCGCGCCGCUUCUUCACGUGGGACUUCUUCCGCAAGUACGUCCAGCGGAGUCACGACGAGAUGGUGAAAUUGCGAGGGAAAGCGUGGGAGAAGACGGACGUCGAGGUGCCGGGGUUGAAGCUAUUCGAUGGACUAUGGCCGUUUCGGUUCACUACGAUUCCGUAUCUGGCUUUCGCAGACAGAUUCCACAUUCCAGAAAAACUCCUGCACGGGCCCUUCGACGAGGGCAAGACGAGUCUGCUCUAUGUGCUUGUCAGUCUGAGCGGCGAGAUUGAUUGGGAGGGCAGUAUGGCGGGGGAGACGGCGAAGCUGGGGAUUCGGGAGGCGGUUGAGCAGCGGAACGAGAGGGCUGUUGCGGCGCUUGCGACGCUACUGGGUGUGCCGAAGCAGAUUGAUACGGGGUUGUUGAGAUAUACGGUUGUGGAGUGUGGGUGCGACGUCAACAUCAUGAGACAUCUGCUUUUCAACGCGCAGAUCCUGGCGCAGAACACUUCGAAAGAUCAGCUUGAUUUCUUGGACACGAGACUGUGGGCUUGGGCGGAUGCUCAUGGCGAGAAGGGGAAUGUGCUGAAGAAGAUGCUCAGGAAGGCGAACGAAUUUGACAUGGAGUUCUACAUGGAUGAGCCGGACUGUACCAAGAUCGUCCCCUUCCCGUACGGCGGGAGUAAGUUCAAUACAAGAAGGACCUUCGACGAUGUGGUCAGGGAGCUGCUGAUGAACUUGUACUGGAGUUAUGGGCGCAAGAUCACACGACGAAGGACACGACAACGGGAGAGCGGGGACGCAGCUACACAGUGAUUCAAGUAGUUAGUUACAUACUAGAUUUCGAAAGGUAUGGGGAGGUAGUCAGGAUCGGCGGUAUCCAUGUAAGUGGAUAAGACAUCCAGGGGAUGCAAUGGUUCUCGUAUCAGCUCAUACCACACGGUCACACGAAGAGCACCGCAUCCUUGCCUUCCUCAACCGCUGCGAGCAGGAGCUCAGACAGACGGACAAUGAAAGCAGCUCAGUAUGAUGUCGACUGCGCGUGAAUGCUGAGGCCAGAUGUCAAUCGCCUUGGGCACUGAGUUGGUGCUCUGAAACUGCAGGCUUAUUAGCUGAUGGUCGAAACGAACAUUGUGAAGCAAGCAUGAUGGGUUGAGUUUCCUCAGUGAUCUUGGUGUAAAGAAGGUAAUCACAAGGUUCGGAUAGAUGGUCCGAUCAGAUACUAUCUAUUGCUAGGUUGUAAUCAUUGGAAGGGGUGGGAGUUGUAUAUCGAAUGACUUA